AUGAAGGGUAAAAUACGCAACAAUUUUGAUAAAGGAAUUCUCAGCUAUAUCAUCUUUAAAGACUCAGAGGAGAAUAUUGACAUUUAUAACCUCCAUUCGAUGUAUUCAAAUUAAGUUCUUCAGAAUUGCACAUAGGCCAGAAAAUCCUAUGAGACCACCAGUCUUUCUAUUCUUUUGAACCAUUAAGGGCUCAAAACUUUGAACGUGGAGCAUUAGAUGAAGAGGAUUGGGAAAUUCUGCAUAAAU